AUGUUUCGACUGAAUUACAGGGAUUUUUUAAUGCGAAAAAUUCAAAGCAAAUUUCAAGAAGUCAUGCAUCAAAAAGAAAAGAAUCAGGCAGCUACAAUUAAAGUGCCGAACAGAAGAAUAUGGGAAAAUACUAGCUUUGAAAGAACAGUUAAAAUGAAAGAAAAACCAACUAUGACAACAAUUGGAGUUUCGAGCGUUUCUUGUCGGAGAAUGGUUUUAAUGCUACACAUUUUGACGAAAAUUUAUAAACUUAUAGAGACGAACACUUACAAGACUAAAAGGGAACUGUACUAUGAAGAUGUGACUUUAUUCAAAAAGCAAGCUAUUGUCGACAAUAUUUUAGAUGACAUUUCAUGCAUGCUAAAUGAGCCAAAAAUUAAUUUGCAUGUGUUAACAACAUCAAAAGGAUGUAUUGCUGGAAACUUGCGUUACAAAGAUGGAGAUGGAAAUUAUAUUGAUUGCAAUGAAACUUCUCAAGGAAUUUUGCUGCCAUGCGAUAUUAAAAGCAUUAGCUAUAUGCAAUCAGAUGCACGUUUCAUUUUGCUAGUUGAAAAAAGUGCUGUUUUCCAGAUGUUGCUUGACAGUAAUGUAACGCAGUUGCUUCACCCAUGCAUUAUGAUAACUGGUAAAGGUUUUCCUGACGUCAAUACCAGAGAAAUGGUAAAAAGGCUUUGGAAUACUCUGCAAGUGCCAAUUUUAGCACUCAUGGAUGCUGACCCGUAUGGAAUAGAAAUUCUUAGCGUCUACAAAUUUGGCUCUAAAGCUAUGUCGUUCGAUGCUCAAAAUCUUGCUGUGCCAGAGAUAAAAUGGCUUGGUCUUUUACCUUCUGAUAUACAAAGGCUUCACUUAUCACCUGAAUCUGUUAUUUCAAUGACCAAUGGCGACAUUAAAAAAACAAAUCAGCUACUGAAAAGACAAUAUAUGCAAUGCAACCUUUCGUGGGAAAAAGAGGUUCAAACACUGCUUGCAACAAAGAAGAAAGCAGAAAUUGAAGGGUUAAGCAAGAUGGGUUCUACAUUUCUUCCUAGAACAUAUUUGAUAAACAAAAUAAGAAAUGGAGGAUGGAUUUAA